AUGGAUGUGUAUGGGUGUAUUGUGCGUAAUGAUGGUGCUCCUAGUGGUGAUGGUCGCAGUGGUAAUGAUGGUGCUCGUAGUGGUAAUGAUAGGGCUUAUGGUGGUAUUGGUGGUGCUCCGAGCGGUAAUGGUGGUGCUCGUAGUGGUAAUGAUGGUGCUCCUAGUGGUAAUGGUGGAACUCGAGGACGUACUCCUAAGCAGGGAUUUAGACCACCCAGCAGGCAAGUACAUGACUCCAUUGAUAAUGAAAACAUUGAUGAUGGUACAUUCAUGACCACUUGUGGGAGAUACUCCAUAUUACGUGGGGCUCUUACAGGUAAUAUUGUUUUUGUUAAUGUUAGGGGUGAUAGUGGUAGUCGUGGGGGUCAUGAUGGUAGCGGUAGCCGUGGGGGUCAUGAUGGUAGCGGUAAACGUGGGGGUCAUGAUGGUAGCGGUAAACGUGGGGGUCAUGUUGGAAGUGGUAGGCGCGGGGGUCAUGAUGGUAGCGGUAGGCGCGGGGGUCAUGAUGGUAGCGGUAGGCGUGGGGGUUAUGCUGGUAGUAGUAGCCGUCAGGGUGAAGGGGAUCCCAUUGCUGACAUGUGUGGGGUAUUUCGUGACCCGUCAUUACGCACGAUCCCUGAUCGUGACUCAAACCAUUACAGUGAGGAUAGCGACUUUGAGGACGUCGAUCACCAGGAAGCCGAUCUUGAGGACGUCAAUCGCCAGGAAGCCGAUCUUGAGGACGAUGAGCAUCCUUUAUCUCAGCGCUCAUAUGAAGGCGCAUCUCAUGAUACAAAUCAAGGAAGAAUGAUUAGGCAUGCUGGGGAUAAGUUUGAGGUUGAACAUGGUGAUGUUCAUAAGAGCAUCACUCGUAUACUAGCUGAGCAUCACGAUGGAGUUUGGAUGACAUUUAGGGAGAUUCCACGGGAUGUACUAGCUCGUAUGUUUGAGUGCUUUCGGACCCGUUGAAGGUGGGAUCCGGCAAGCGAGCAACUCAUACAUGAAGGGUUUAUUAACGUGCUAAAGACACGUUAUAGUGACAUAAUGAGGCAUUUGAGAAUAACCUCCACAAGGAUGGCAUCAGUCGUUCGACCAGAUAUGGAUCCAAAAAAUUAUAUACAAUUUGACAUAAUUCGUGAUUAUCCGCCUCAUUCAAUGUCUCUUGAAGUAUGGCGUGAAUUGUGUAGGCGUUGGAACACAACUGGUUGGAUUAACAAGUCCA